UCCUCGCUCAGCAGGUCUUCGUCCGGUCACAGUGGAGGGAGAGGAUUGCCACCCUGCUGGCGAAGCAACGCGACAACAACAUGAGAAUUACACUAAUUCGCUUAUUGUUUCUCCUGGCUGCUGCCUGUGUCCCUACCCUCUGUGGCAAAGAGGAGCAGCCUGUCCUCCAGCCCGAUGCCCCGGUUGAAACCCGUUCCCGCUUUGCUGCUCUGGAUGAUGUGCGUCUUCUGGCGAACGGCCUCCUCCAGCUGGGUCAGAGCCUGCGGGAGUUUGUGCAGAAGACAAAGGGACAGAUAAACGACAUCUUUCAGAAGCUCAACAUUUUUGACCGCUCGUUUUACCAGCUGUCGGUGCUCGCCAGUGAAAUUAAAGAGGAGGAAGAGGAGCUGAAGAAGACCACCGUGGUACUGAAGGCCAACAACGAAGAGAUCAAGGGACUGUCUGUUGAGAUCGGCGCCAAAGUGGACAGCAUCCUGCAGGAGAAGAGUCGCCUGCAGAAUAAGGUGAAAGGCCUGGAGGAGAAGCUGAGCAGUCUGUCACACGGCCUGGUGGCGAGCGAACAAGUGGCAGAGAUCAAUGGCCUUAGGGAGUUGAUCCACAGCCAGGAGCAGAGCAUCACAGAGCUGCUGAAGGCUGUGAGGGAGCAGAGCGACCAGCUCAACCACCAGAGGGUUAAGAUCAGGAUUCUGGAGGAAAAGCUUACAGCCAGCACAUUGACCCAAGAGACCAUUGAGAAGAUGCCAGAAAUCCUCAACAGUGAAGCACCAACACUCACCCCUUAUCUGGCCUCAAGCUCUACCAGCAUCACCGAAAUGAUGAAUCUGCCAUCAGACUGCAGUGAGCUGUUCAACAGAGGAGAACGAGUCAGUGGCGUCUAUGCCAUCAGACCCAAUGGAACGGAGCCCUUCAUGGCCUUUUGUGACAUGAGCAAAGACCAUGGAGCAACUGUCAUCCAGCGAAGGAUGGAUGGUUCAGUGAAUUUUGAUCAAAUCUGGGAGAAGUAUGAAAAUGGGUUUGGAGAUUUUCAAGGGGAGUUUUGGCUGGGUCUCAGGAAGAUCCACUCUCUAACUGCUCAGGGCAACUCUGUCCUUCACAUCCACCUGGAAGACUGGAAACAGGGCAGGCACUUCAUCGAAUACAGAUUUCACCUUAAUGGUCCAGAGAGCAACUACGCCAUUCACCUCACGCAUUUGUCUGGAGAUUUGCCGGACCCCAUGAGCAACCACACAGGCAUGAUGUUCUCCACCAAGGACAGAGACAAUGAUAACCACCAGGACUGCAACUGUGCCCACAACUACACAGGUGGAUGGUGGUUCAAUGCGUGCGGAGAUGCCAACCUGAAUGGGAGAUAUUUCCCUAUGAGACCUAAGGGGCGCUCAGAGCGUAGGAGAGGGAUUCAAUGGAGGCUGGGCCAAAAGGCUUCUUACUCCCUCAUGCUCACUCAGAUCUCUGUCCACCCUGUAGCUUCCCUUAGCACCACCUCCUCCACUUCAGCUUCCUCUGAGACAGGUCUCUUUCUGUGAUCCAGUACCAACAUUCUCCAGUUAAAUUACUGCAUUAAACAGUGGCCACUUCAUGACAGACUUUGGCAACGCUUUGUGUGAGCAGCCUUGGUUUAAUACAGUAAGGCUUGGGCAGAGAGAAAGACGUUUCUUCCGAGUAUCAAGUUCCAGUAGAUUAAAGUCAGUCACACAGGAUGGAACUGCCUACAACUCAUUGACAUCUUUAAUGAGUGACAAGGCAUCCUGACUAGCUUCAUUUUGAGGCAAAAGGCAAAAAAGGUUGGGAACCACUGCUAUAGAUAAUACUCAUCUUUACUUUACACACUCUAUUUUUGAUACAUUUGCUAUGUUUUAUCAAUUUAAAUAAAUUAAAGUAUGACGGUGA